UAAUUCAGUAGCGUCAUCGGAAGAUGAAUAUUAUCCAGUUGGUAGUAGCAUAACAUACCAAUGUUUGAAAGGCUUUGUUCCAUUAGCUGGAAACCAAACAAGAACUUGCUUGUCAGAGACAGCGUGGUCGGGCACGUCACUCAGUUGUGUAAUGCCAGCAUCAAAAGAAGCAGAAAGUAUGAAAGCUGAUAUUCAAACGGCUGCAAUAGCAUCGACGAUGGGAGUUCUCGUUGUUAUCGGAAUUAUAAUAGCUGUGUUCUUAAUUAGAAGAAGGUUGGUGCAAAAUUCCGAAGAUAAACAUUCAGGUGCAAAAUUUACCAAUUCCCAACAUCCGUCCGGCGCCGCUUUUGAGCAGUCCAUAUACUCCAAUGAAAUUUGCCUCGAGCAGAUGCACGCCACAGAAAGCGGGAACAAAGCUACUGCAGAGUUGCCAACUCCCAGUAAGAACCAAGAUCGUAGCCCCAGCCAAAAUAUAGACGAUUCUUACACAAAAGUUUACAAACCUGCACGACAGGAUCAAGAUUCUAUUAGCGACAGAUAUGAUGCCUUGUAUGAAUUAGAGAAUCCAACAAUAAAAACUGGAGAAAAUGAAUACUUCUCGAUCAUUGAAUCUGACACAAACACAGCGCAACAAAAACAAACUGCUCCAGACCCAAGUAAUGUCGUAAUGGUAGAGAACGACAUAUAUGAUAGAGGGGUCGAAGACGAUUAUACUUCGAGCACCACACUGGUUGAAAAUGACUUGUACAAUGCCUAAGACCGAGUUGUGAAUAAACGAGUGAAGUGCUAUUGUCCUGUUCAUAUUCAAAAACAAUUUCAUCUUCAAUUUUGGUUAAGUAAGAGAACUUUUAUUGAAGUCUUCAG